AAUUAACCAAAAGAAGACGUGAAGAUGAUCCUUUCUCUCCAUUAAUAUUUUUGUCUCUUUAUUUACCUCUGAAAACUGGAGACUAUAGUAAUUCUUAAAACGUAUAUCAAACCAAUAUUCAAGAACGUAAAACAUGUCCGAUCACCAGAAAAUCUAUCCGGUGAGCGACCCGGAAGCUCCACCUCCUCCGACGAAUCCAACGGCUCCUCUUGUUCCACGUGGCUCAUCAAGAUCGGAACACGGUGACCCCACAAAAGAAUCUCUUAGUCAAGCACCACUGGAUCCUCCUCCGAAAAUAAAGAAAAGAAGAAGCUGUUGGUGGAGGAGCGUGUGUUACACGCUCCUCGUUCUCAUUCUCCUUAUUGUCAUCGUAGGAGCGGCCGUUGGUAUACUCUACCUUGUCUUUAGACCGAAAUUACCGGAUUACAAUAUCGACCGGUUACAGCUCACCCGGUUUACUCUCAACCAAGAUUCAAGCUUGUCCACGGCGUUUAACGUCACCAUUACGGCCAAAAAUCCGAAUGAGAAGAUCGGUAUUUACUAUGAAGACGGAAGCAGAAUUAGCGUCUUGUAUAUGCAAACCAGACUUAGCAAUGGGUCGUUGCCGAAAUUCUACCAGGGACAUGAGAAUACGACGGUUAUAUUGGUAGAAAUGACUGGUUUUACUCAGAAUGCAACAGUUUUAAUGAUGACAUUGGAAGAGCAACAACGGUUAACUGGAAUUAUACCGUUGCGGAUUAGAGUUACCCAACCGGUUAGGAUCAAACUCGGGAAAUUAAAGCUGAUGGAAGUAAAAUUCUUGGUGAGGUGUGGUGUAUCCGUUGAUAGCUUGGCUGCUAACAAUGUGAUUAGGGUUAGGAGUAGUAACUGCAAAUUCAGGUUUAGACUAUAAUUUCAUUUUUUAGUUCAAAAUUAUUUUUCAUAUAUUAUUAAUCGGAAUUUGCAUUACAAUAUGGUGGGGUUGAGUGUCGUAGUUCUCCCCCCGACCCACGGGCACGAUCAUCUCUCCUUUACUUUUGGUUUUCAAAGAAUAAACAAUUUUGUUUCACACUUUGGACAUUAUUAAUAAAGAACAUACAUUUUUA